AUGAAAAAGUUUAAGAGAAGACUUUCCUUAACCUUGCGUGGAAGCCAGACCAUUGAUGAAUCGCUGUCUGAGCUAGCAGAACAAAUGACAAUUGAAGAAAAUAGCAGCAAAGAUAACGGUGUGAGUAAUAAUGGAAGGAUCAGCUACAGUAAAGUGCAGCCUAUUGUGAAGAAUGGCAGGCCUCCAACGUCUCACAGCAUGCACUCAUUUCUCCACCAAUACACAGGAUCUUUCAAGAAGCCCCCUUUACGGAGACCUCAUAGCGUCAUAGGGGGCAGCCUCGGCUCUUUCAUGGCAAUGCCCAGAAAUGGGAGCAGAUUAGAUAUUGUUCAUGAAAAUCUGAAAAUGGGGUCAGAUGGGGAAAGUGACCAAGCUUCUGGAACGUCAUCUGAUGAAGUUCAGUCUCCCACAGGAGUUUGUCUCAGAAACCGGAUACACAGACGAAUCUCAAUGGAGGAUUUGAACAAACGCUUGUCCCUGCCUGCUGACAUCAGGAUACCCGAUGGCUAUCUUGAAAAGCUGCAGAUUAACAGCCCACCAUUUGAUCAGCCAAUGAGUCGACGGUCUCGUAGAGCAUCCCUAUCAGAAAUUGGAUUUGGAAAAAUGGAGACCUAUAUCAAGUUAGAAAAGCUUGGAGAGGGUACUUAUGCAACAGUUUAUAAGGGGAGAAGUAAACUGACAGAGAACUUGGUAGCUCUGAAAGAAAUCCGACUGGAACACGAAGAGGGAGCACCAUGCACAGCCAUAAGAGAAGUGUCAUUAUUAAAGGAUCUGAAGCAUGCAAAUAUUGUUACAUUACACGAUAUUGUGCACACAGACAAGUCUUUGACUCUUGUUUUCGAAUAUCUGGACAAGGAUCUGAAGCAGUACAUGGAUGACUGUGGUAACAUCAUGAGUAUGCACAAUGUAAAGCUGUUUUUAUACCAGAUUCUUCGUGGUUUGGCUUACUGUCAUAGGAGGAAGGUAUUACAUCGAGAUCUGAAGCCACAAAACCUACUAAUUAAUGAGAAAGGAGAGCUGAAGCUUGCAGACUUCGGAUUGGCUAGAGCAAAGUCCGUUCCUACGAAGACCUAUUCCAAUGAAGUUGUCACAUUAUGGUACAGACCACCUGAUGUUCUCCUCGGAUCUUCAGAGUAUUCAACUCAAAUUGACAUGUGGGGCGUUGGAUGCAUAUUCUUUGAAAUGGCAUCAGGAAGGCCUCUUUUUCCUGGGUCGACUGUUGAAGAUGAACUGCACUUAAUUUUCAGACUUCUGGGAACCCCGUGUCAAGAAACAUGGCCAGGCAUUUCGUCCAGUGAUGAAUUUAGAAACUACAACUUUCCUAAGUAUAAACCACAACCCCUCAUCAACCAUGCACCAAGGCUAGACACGGAAGGCAUUGAAUUGAUAGCGAAGUUCCUUCAAUAUGAAUCGAAGAAGAGGAUUUCGGCAGAGGAGGCUAUGAAACAUGCGUACUUCAGAAGUCUUGGAACAAGAAUACACACUUUGCCUGAAAGUGUUUCAAUAUUCAGUCUAAAAGAGAUCCAGUUGCAAAAAGACCCUGGCUUUCGAAAUUCCACUUACCCAGAGACAGGACAUGGGAAGAACAGAAGGCAGAGCAUGCUUUUUUAAAGCGGGUGACCUGGGGUCAAGCCCAAGCCUAUCCUGUCAGUCAAGGACUCGGAUCUGAAGGCACUGCUCUCUGUUGGUGGACUUGGAAUCGCAGUUUGUCUACACUGUCCUCUUCACAGUGGAGUCUUUUUAUUUCCAACCUGCAGAUUAUGUUUUUAUAUUUGUUGUCACAGUGUGACAAUUUUUUGUACAGUUGGUUUUAAGGUCUCCUCUGCCACUAGAGCCAGUAGGUUACAGCUGUUGAUGUAACUGUAGCUGCAAUUUUUGUGCAGGACUGAGAAACACAGUGCAUUAUUUAUUGCGGAAUCAUUGCUGCUAAAUAACUACUGUCUGUAUAGUUAACACAACAGUUCCAUGCCUGAAGAAGUUGCAAUGGCUUUAUAAUAUGUGAAUGCAUCUGUUUCUCUUCAGAAAAUGUUCUACUGCUGCGGGGUUAUUUUGUAUUUCUCAAACUGCAGUGUUUCCUGGAAUGUAAACAUAGCUUUGCUUGGCUAUAGGUGAACCAUCUUUACUGCUCUAAGUUCUUGGCACUUAAUUCCUUAUUUAACAUUGGAAGUAUGUGUUGAAGUAGUUGAAAAUUUAUAAUGCAUAUUAUGUUUUUGAGAAGCACAUGGUGAGACAGUUGAUUCAAACAAGUGAACAGUAACUGUUAUUUGCUCUCAGAUCCUCUGGUAGUUAUUGAUAAGUUACAGCAUGUAGACUGGAUGAUAAACUUUGUCAGGCUCACUCCAGCAUAGCGUAUUUGCACAUUGUGGUGCAUAUGGGGCCUGCAGAAGCAACGACUUUUUUACCUUGUUUUUAACUUGGAAACACAAGCAG